AUGAAGUUUGCGACUACACUCCUCCCACUACUCACUACAGUAGUUGCGGCGAGUCCAACUCUAGUGGAAGAUGAGAACCUAGAGACGAGACAAGUUGGGCCUGUCGUUUGCUACCUUUUUACAACGACAGCUUCGUGGUUCUGCAGUAACAUUGGGAGUGACUAUCCGUGGUGCCAGGAUUACUUCAAGCUAGGGAAAUGCCUCUGUGACGCGAAUACGGCCCCAAUCCAGAGGAAGUACCAAUGCGUCUCCGACAAAGAUAAUCAGAUAAGCACCACCUAUCAUGAUUAUGAUGGUAACCUGACUGGAAGGCUGCCUACCGGUGGCAGCGACGUAGGGAUUGGCCGACGGGACGUAGGAAUUGAUCAGCUGGCACAAGGUUAUGUGUGGCACGCAAAAAUUGUGACUGACAAGAUCCAGGAUCAAAGUGUACGCUCGAGUCGGUCAACGUCAUCGUCAGGACCUGCUAACUAG